GUCGUUAUCGUUUCAGGGUCUCGACGACUCUUCUUUCUCUCUCUCUUUCUCUCUGCAACAAACAAAAAAUGGAGGUAGCAGCAGCGACUGCGACGAGCUUCACAACGCUCCGAGCUCGUACGUCAGCGAUUAUCCCGUCUUCAACACGUAAUCUGAGAUCUAAAGCGAGAUUUACUUCAUCUUCUACUCUUAGAGCUUCUCUCUCUAAUGGCUUUCUCUCGCCGUAUACCGGAGGAAGCAUCUCUAGUGACUUCUGCGGCGCUAAGCUUCGUACGGAAUCGCUGAAUCCGUUAAAUUUGUCCAGUUCCAAACCUAAGCGCGGAGUUGUCACUAUGGUUAUACCUUUCUCAAAGGGAAGUGCACACGAACAACCUCCUCCUGAUUUGGCAUCAUAUUUGUUCAAAAACCGAAUUGUAUAUUUGGGAAUGUCUCUUGUACCUUCUGUUACUGAGUUGAUACUCGCGGAGUUUCUUUACCUUCAGUACGAAGACGAGGAAAAGCCUAUUUACCUUUACAUAAAUUCGACAGGGACAACCAAGAAUGGUGAAAAGUUGGGCUAUGAUACUGAGGCUUUUGCAAUCUACGAUGUCAUGGGGUAUGUCAAACCACCAAUCUUUACUCUUUGCGUCGGGAAUGCUUGGGGUGAAGCUGCUUUGCUUCUGACUGCUGGUGCAAAAGGAAAUCGUUCCGCGUUGCCCUCAUCAACUAUUAUGAUAAAGCAGCCCAUUGCACGAUUUCAAGGCCAAGCAACCGAUGUUGAAAUUGCAAGGAAAGAAAUCAAGCACAUAAAGACAGAAAUGGUCAAGCUGUAUUCAAAGCAUAUUGGUAAAUCCCCUGAGCAGAUUGAAGCUGACAUGAAACGCCCGAAAUAUUUUAGUCCCAGUGAGGCUGUUGAGUACGGGAUCAUUGAUAAGGUGGUUUACAAUGAAAGGGGCAGCCAAGACAGAGGAGUUGUGUCUGACCUUAAAAAGGCACAACUCAUUUGAAUGUCAGAAUUGUCUUCCGAAAUCCCAUGAUUAACAGGUUGGAGAUUUGACCGCUGAUCAAAUGGGGAAUCGGUGAACCAUUCACCGGCGAAUUGAGGUAAAGUCUGGAAAACAUGUUAAAAAAAAGUUUACUAGUAAUGCUGCAAUUGUAGGGUUAUUUGAACAGAAACAAACCCAUAUGUGUAGGCUUAUGAAUGCCUAGAAACAGGAUUGGUGUAUCCCCCUCUUUAGUAUAUGCCUUAAAUUUUAAAAUGAAUCAAUUUCAUUUGC